AUGGCAUCGGACAGUUUCAACCCAUCAUCAACGGAGAAUCCUCCUCUGUCGACGGGAACUUUCGAACGAACAAGCCGUGGAUUCAACAUCACCGAGUUGAUCCAAGAUUUUCUUGACCGAGAACGAAAUUCCAGCCUCUACAAAACUAAUCUGGAGGCUCGCAUCGCCCAUGAAUGCGCAUCUCUUCAGGUGGAGCGUCAGGUCCGCAGUCGAGUAGAGCAGCAGUUAGCUGAAAUGCAGUGGGCACAAUCGCAGUUGGAGUCAACACUCCGUCACUCCUACGAAGACAAUGACUACCUUCAGCAAGAGCUCGCCCUAGAGAAAAAGAAAUCCCAGGAUCUCGAGUCUCGCCUGGCCACUGCGGUAUCAUUACACGAGACUUUGCAAAAGUAUAAUCUAGAAGGGAAACCCGUCCAGGAAAAAUCAGUCCAUGAAUUUCAAUUGUUGCUCCAAAGCCAAACUCAGCAAGAAAUAAUUAAGAAGCUUCAGGUCGUCAACCAAGCACACGAAGCCACAAUCAACACCUUGCAGAUCACGUUGAAAAAUGCACUAGGAGCAAUUCCGUGUUGCUGCUAUUCAGACAGCGGUGACUCCAUGGUUGGGACCCCGGCCAGUGAAGAAAGAUUGUGCCCUCAGAACUUGUUAAAGGAUGAAUUUUUAUCACUGUCGCCUAGAAUUAAGCAGUCAGACACAUGUUACAGUACCUCUGGGCUCGAUAAUAUGGAGCAACAUUCGCACCAUUCCUUGUACUCCAUUGCAGAAGAGAUCACUCCCCAAGAUCAUCAAAUCCUGCGUAACGGUGGAACAUCCUCCAAUAUCGAGCGUCUUCCCUCUCGCCUGCAGCUGUCAAAAGCUCCUUUCCAGAGUAAAACGAGGCAAAUUGAAAACUUGACCUACGAAGUCGGCUAUCUCAAGGCAGAGUUGGCUUGGCACACAGAGUCUAGACGAGCUUUGCUCCAGCUUCAAGAGCAAAUGUAUGAGAUGUUUCAUAGAAUGGAAGAUGCUUUGGUUCAAGUCAAUGCGCGCCUUCAAGAGGCUGAACAGCGUUAUCUGAGUUUCUGGGGCCUGGAGGCAUGUGCGGGUGGAAACGAAGAGAUGAUAUAA